CGACAUAUAACAAUAAUUCCGGCAUUACUUCCGGCUCUAACACCAUUUCUGAUCGUUCAGUUGGUUUGACAUUCAGUUGAAUUUAGUUGUUAAGAUUAUUUGAAGUCAAUUGGUUAGAAAUCAGCGCAAAAUGAGAAUCGCUGUUUUCACAUUUAUAGUCGCCGCGAUCGGCAUACUUUAUUAUGUCUUCGUUGAUGACCGUCAUUAUAAGCGUUGGGAUGUCUCGACAAUGAAAAACUGGCUCGACACUCAUGCCGUUCCGUACAAGCCUGAAUCAUCGGCGAAGGAUCUUCGCCAUUUAGUGGGCGAAUACAUGGAGGCAAUGAAGCCCAAUUAUGAGGAAUGGUCGACUUCGGAAUUGAAGGAUUACCUUAACAUGAAGGAAGCAUCCGCCGUUUAUCAUGGAAAGAAAGGGUUGCACAAGGCCGAGAAGCAAGUUAACAAAGCUGUAGAUGACACUAAGUCUGCUGCAAACCGAGUAAAAGACUAUGCCUCGGACAAAACCAAAGAAGGAAAGGAAUCUAUCUUUGACUCCUGGAACGAUUCCCAGUUGAAGAAGUUCCUUGAGCGUCAUGGUGCUCUUUCAAAGAAGGAAACAUCUAAACUAGAUGCACUUAGCCCGUCGGCAUUGCGUGAAAAAGCCCACGACGUUUAUAAGAAAGCAUCUGGAAAAUUUGGUGAUGCUGAGGACUGGGUUUUUGAGUCCUGGACAGACUCCGAUUUAAAAAACUGGCUUGACGAGCACAAGGUUCACAUCGGUAAAAAGGAGGUGCCCCGUGAGUCUCUUGUUAAGAAAGUAAAGCACGGCUUGACGCAUCCUGGCCAAACUCUAAAGGACUCCUUCGCUGCUGCUCGCGAAGAAGUGGAGGAAGAUGUGCAUUCGACAAAAGCUUUUGUGGAGAAGGAAAUGAGUGGAUUUAAUCAUUUUCUAUCACGAUUUUGGUCAUACUCACGCUUGAAGAAAUUUUUGGAUAUGCAUGGGGUGCCAACUAUUCAGCUUACUGAAAAGGAUCGUUUGCUUGCUCGCAUCCGGCGUCUGGAAUACAAAACUUCAAAGAACGCUGAACAUGCUGGUAAAAAAGUCGCCGAUAAGAUGAGAUCAGCGACUAGCCAGGCGAAGGAAAAAGCCGGUGAUAUGGUUGAAAAUGCGAAAUCUGGCGUUAAGCAUUUUGCCGACGAAACUGUAAUCGGAAAAUGGCAAGACUCAAAGUUAAAAUCCUUCUUGGAUGCUCGUGGAAUCCCGGUACCGCAACCAUCGACUAAGGAUGAAUUAAUUGCACUGGUUCGCCGUAAUCUCUACAAGUUACCGUUAUCAUCAUGGAACAUCGAUUUCGACAAGGUGAGCUCAAAUGAUUUGAGCGCAUGGAUUAAGAAGUACAAGAGCCAUUACACUGGUAAGCUGCAUCCCUCUCAAGACAGGGAACAUCUGGUUCAAAACGCUCGCAACAUAUAUGGUGCUUUGGUUGAAAAGGGUGAUAACAUCUUCAACGAAGCAAGCAAAGCAAUCCGACAUGUUGCUGUAGGUUACAGCAAAUGGUCAGACGAUGACCUGAAGUCGGCAUUGAAAGAAUACGGCGAAAAGGUGCACGAACCAUUUGACCGUGACGAGGCUAUCAGACGUCUUAGUAGAAACGAUUAUGUGUACUCGUUCCAUCACGCUGAGCCUCAUUUUGCUAUGUUUGGCAAGCUCAAAGGGCUAAUGUCAAAGAUGUUCGGACUUUUGACCGGCUCUCAUCACAAUGGAAAGAGAAACAGUAAAGUUAUUUCGUCCAAAGUUCCCGUUGUAGUCAUCACUGCUACAACCACGGUCAAGUAAACACAAGUCAGGAAGAAAGAUGUUUAACCGUACCAUGGAACAUAGAUAUGUCUAAUUUAGUUUUUUAUGAAUAGAGUGAUGAAGUCGUGAAUGUGAUGAUUACAGUGUCAACACUGCUCCAUAGUUUAGUUUAUAUAAUCCGUAAAUAAUUGCUGUUGAAUUUCGUCAAAUCCAAGCGCGACAGAAACAAUAGGU